AUCAAUUGUGAGGAAGUGACGUUCUGACAGCGCACCGUCCACGUAGCGUUUUGAGUACACAUUUGCGCAUCGCUGUUCAGGAACAUCUGACUCUCUGAGCAGUCAUCAGAAGCAACGUUUUGUGUGGUGUACUCGUAUAACGCGUAACGAAUACUUACCUGUGCGGUUCUCCGUGAAAAAAUUUGGGCUUCCUGACAUAACCCAGAUUAAUUUAUUGCAUUAAUACCCAAUUUCUCAAUCAUCAUGGAUCAAAUCAAGAAGCUCACCGAACCUGGCCGUCAAUUCGCCAAAGAUAGCAUCCGGCUUGUCAAAAGAUGUACCAAACCAGAUCGCAAAGAAUUUCAAAAGAUUGCUAUUGCUACUGCGAUUGGUUUCUGUAUAAUGGGCUUCAUCGGAUUCUUCGUUAAGCUAAUCCAUAUCCCAAUCAACAAUAUCAUUGUAGGUUCAUAAUAUUAACCUUGAUUCUCAUCAAUAUUAUUAAGGAAAUUAUUGAUAAUUAUUGAUAAGAUUCUGUAAGACUAUUUGCGUUAAUACUUGUCCCUUAAAUUUAUUUAUAAUAAAAAAAUGUAUUUGCUAUCUAUUGAAUUGCUUUUGCGAAUGAAGUAGGUAAGAAAUGUGUGCGUAAUAUUA